CAAAGCUAGUGAACCAAAUGGAGGUUCAUGUCCAUAGCUCAACCAUCAUUGCCCAAGGCAACCCUAAUGCCGAGCCCUCCGAAGUACCCUUCACCAUCUUCGACCGCUUUGCCAUCAACAUCCAUGUUGCCGUCCUCUUCGCCUUCACCCCUCCCACCCCCACAAACUCUGCACUAACCGAAGCCUUGUCAAAGACCCUAGUCCACUUCCCGACACUCACCGGUCGGUUUGGCUACAGCCACCGCAACCGUCCAUGCCUCCUAAUAGGCGGCCGUGGUGGAGGUGCACUGGUGGUAGAAGCAACGGUGGCCUCGAGUCUAUCAGACCACUUGCCACUAGAGCCAUCGCCAGACUUCGAGCUGUUGCACCCUCCGAGAAAAGAAGCCAAACACUUGCUCCAAGUGCAGCUCAACCGUUUCAAGUGCGGCGGGCUGGUGAUCGCAGUGACCGCGCACCAUAAGGUGGCCGACGGCCAGUCCAUGAGCACCUUCUUCAUCGCAUGGGGACAGACAGUUCGAGGCAUGCCCAUCGACCGCCUUCCUGUCUACGAUCAAUCUUGGCUCAAGCCCCAGUGCCCACCAAAGCCUGAGUUCCAGCACUGGGGCACUGAUUUCGAGCCAAUCCAGCCAAAUCAAGAUGGUUUCACAGUGCAUCGAGUUGAUGUUGAUCCUGCCAGGAUAACCAACAUAUUGCUGCGCUACUCUUCGGAGUACAUCACUGGAAAGCUGAAGGCUAACAUGAAAGAGAAGCAUACAACCUUUGAGACUUUACUUGGCCACGUCUGGAGGAAGAUAACAAUUGCCCGGGGGCUGGAUGACAGUGAGUACACCGUGACAAAUGUUGCGGUGAAUUGUAGGCCCAGGUUGAAGCCAGCAGUUCCAAGUGAAUUUUUCGGUAAUUUGGUUCUCGAUGCAUAUGCGAAGGCUAGUGUGAAGCAGCUAAUUGAAGGAGGUCUUGCAGAGGCUGCCAGAUUAAUUCAUGAAGCAGCCGUUAGUAUUAACCGUCGCUUUAUACAGUCAUUUAUAGACUUUGGGGCGAUGUACGAGGACGAGGAUCUUGUCCUCGUUUAUGAAUUGCAUGGGAACAUGUUAUCGCCCAUCGUGGAAGCGAAUAGCUGGCUGGGUUUUAAGUUCCAGGAUGUGGAUAUUGGUGGUGGGGGGAAACUGCAAGCUUUCUUACCUUCUUGGAUCCCUGUCGAGGGUAUGGUGAUGUUCCUCCCUGGGGUGGAUCAGGGUGGAGGCAUAGAUGUCUUUGUUUCCUUGCUUGAGGAGCAUGCGCAGACACUGAGGCAGAUAUCUCACUCUCUGGAUUAGAUUUUCUGUUUCUAAUAACUUUGGCAUCCUGCCAACGUUCUG